UUCGGCGUCCAGUGCCUGACAGCAUAACAAACUCGUAAAUUACACUGCCAAUGUACAUUCCAUUAUAAAAAAAAUCGAUCUUCAAUUAUGUUAAAUUCACUCCAAUGUUCACCAACGUAAAUCCCAUGAUGAACCCUAUGUUACAAUCCAUCGGUCGGUACUCCCUGCUGGCACUUCUAUCAUUCUGCUGUUACUUUCCUACCCGGCAUGGGACCUUCGUGUUCGACGACACGGUAGCGAUAGUUAAAAACCCGGAUGUCACAGACAAAGACUCGCCCCUGGGCGACAUAUGGCAGCACGACUUCUGGGGUGCCAAUCUAACGGAUCCAACUAGCCACAAAUCCUACCGACCGCUGACGAUUCUCAGCUUCCGACAGGAAGUUCGUAUGCUAGGACUGGAUGCGACCCAGAUGAAAACAACCAAUUGGUUGUUGCAUACAGCGAUUGGUUUGCUGCUGCCGAUGUUUUACGAGGUGAUCAGCUGGAGCAGACGGAUGGCGCAUCCAUUCGGGGUCGAAUACUGGUCCGCUUUGCUAUUCGUGUUGCAUCCGAUACACACCGAAGCUGUUUCUGGAAUCGUCGGUCGAGCUGAACUGCUGGCCGCUCUGGGGUUUAUUUUGGUGGUUUUAGUUUACAGCAAACUGUUCGUUGCGCAUGAUAAAAAUACUUUUUAUUGUAAGCAUUUAUUCAUUUUUUUCGUUACGUUCACUCUCACCGCUUUAUCAGUAUUAUGCAAAGAAACGGCUAUCACUGUAUUGGUGUUCUGUGCCGCAUUGGAUGUCCUAACGCAUGUGAACUUCCAGCAGCCAGUUAGUUCGUUUUUCAAAAAUAGAAUUCUAAUGACUCGAACAGUGAUACUAUCCCUAAUGACAGGAGUACUUGUUUACAGCCGGCUUUGGAUUCAGAACUUUGAGCGACCUCACUUCCAAGAAAAUGACAACCUGGUUGCCGCUAGCAGGGGUCUGAGCAGAGUACUCUCCCAGAGUUAUUUGUAUUGCUUGAACCUAUGGUUGCUACUCUGUCCCGACUGGCUGAGUUUUGACUGGGCACUGGAAUCAAUCCGUUUGGUUGAAUCGUUCCGCGAUUACAGAGUCAUAUUCACGUUCCUCUGCUUUGCACUACUGUUAGCAAUAAUUACCCAUGGUAAACCCCGACGACACGUUCUGAAGGGUAUGGCUCUGAUGAUCAUUCCAUUCCUUCCUGCCAGCGGUAUUAUCCGGGUGGGAUUCGUAAUCGCCGAACGUGUUCUUUACAUUCCAUCGAUUGGAUUCUGCUACCUUGUGAGCAUCGGAUGUGCACGCCUCUUCCGGAGACAAGAGCUCAGAACGGCUAGUGGACUAGGAUUCCUCACGCUUUGUUUGUUGUUUUCCGCUCGAACGUUGCAACGAUCCGCCUAUUGGACCAACGAACAUCUCUUGUUUCGAUCAGCUCUGAGGGUGGUACCAAAUAACGCCAAGGUGCACUACAACAUUGCUCGUCUCGCCACCGAUGAGGGCGAUCGGAGAACAGCCUUCGCGUUCUAUCGACAAGCGCUCGAACUCUAUCCGGAGUACGAGGCGGCUCAUAUGAAUCUUGGCAAUCUGUAUCGAGAUGAGCAUAAUUAUCCCAUGGCGCUAGAUCACCUGAAGAGAGCAGUCGAAAUUAACGAGGAUUUUCAUACCGCUUGGAUGAAUUUGGGGAUUGUCCAUGCUGCGAUGAGAAACCACAAGCAAGCUCUCGUGUGCUACAAACGCGCUUUAGCGAAGCGGAAACGCUAUCCCAACUGUGUAUUCAAUCUAGGGAAUUUGUAUAACGAUAUGGGCAACCAAAGUAUGGCGCUUGUCACCUGGAACGAAACCGUGCGUCAAGACCCGCAGCACAUCAAAGCAUGGAGCAAUAUGGUGAAUGUGUAUGACAGCAAUAAUGCGCAGCAGCGCGUCCUCGACGUGACAUCGCGAGGAUUGAAACAUUUGCCUGACAAUCCGACGCUGCUAUCCUCCCAAGCUACAGCGCUGGCCAAAAUGGGCCGAUUCCAGGAAGCUGAACUGAUCUACAACCAGCUGAUCGACAGACAUCCUCAGGUGGAAAAGUAUCUGCAAAAUAUGGGCGUUUUGUACCACCGUUGGGGUAAACUAGAGCAGGCCGAACGGUUAUACCGAAAAGCACUGAAACUCAAUCCCAAAUCGGACAUGGCCAAAAGCAAUCUCUCCAAGCUGCUAUCUGCUCGCCAACAGAAACAAAGCACUGAAAAUUGACUGAUCUACUCAAACGCAAUAAUAAAUUAUCGCAUUUUUGCCAAA